AUGAAUUACACAUGUGCAAAAAGAAACUUGAAAGAACUUGACAGUCUUGGUUGCACCAUCUUGCAUGAAGUGGAUGUUCACAACAUAAAUCAACAUCAAUACUUCAAGGAGCACAUAUUUUUUGAUAGAAUAAUCUUUAAUUUUCCUCAUUCGGGUAACUUUCAAUAUGAACAUAAUGCUUGGGUUAUUCGGGAACACCAGAAAUUAGUGAGUGGAUUUCUAGGAAAUGCAAAGUACCUUCUUAAUGUUGGUGGAGAAAUUCAUAUUACACAUAAAACAGCUUAUCCUUUCAAUAAUUGGAAUAUCAAGAAUUUGGCGGAAAAGGAAAAUUUAUCAUUUGUUGAAGAGGUUUUCUUUAAUCAAUAUCAUUAUCCUGGUUAUGAAAAUAAGAAAGGUUCUGGCUUGAAGUGUGAUCAGAGCUUCCCUAUUGGAACAUGUAGUACUUUUAAAUUUUCUUGUUUAUACUACAAUUUUGUAUUAUGA